GAGAGCUGAGAGGAAGAAGUGGGUUCACAACAAAAUAGCUUAAAAAUCGUCUACUCUGUUUUCUCUUGUGUCAUAGGUAGCCGAAACUUACCUGUUUCUUCAUAUACGAGUUUUUGGCAGGAGGCGCGCGCCAGCAGCAUGGCGGGGCAGCACUACUGUCUGCGCUGGAACAACUACCAGUCCAACAUGACGUCGGUGUUCCACCAGCUGCUCCGCAACGAGGCGUUCGUGGACGUGACGCUAGCCUGCAAUGAUUCGUCGCUCAAGGCCCACAAGGUGGUGUUGUCAGCCUGCUCCUCCUACUUUCAAAAGCUUUUAAUGGAGAACCCUUGCACUCAUCCCACCAUCAUUAUGCCCCAAGAUGUGUGCUUCAGUGAUCUCAAGUUUAUCAUAGAAUUUGUCUAUCGAGGAGAAAUUGAUGUGUCACAAGCUGAAUUGCAGUCACUUCUCAAGACUGCUGACCAACUGAAGAUCAAGGGGCUUUGUGAAGUGCCUGAUGGGAAAGACGGUGGCCCAGGAAUUGGAUCUGCGGAGGUGACUCCUUUGCCUAUUUUGUCCCGACGAUCCUUCACCAAAUUACGGCGCCUCUCUGGAACAAAACGUCAACGUCCCGAUGCAAUGGUGCGAAGGGGAAUAUUCAAAGAUGGGGAUCAUCCUCCUCAUCCCAUUCACCAGCUGCAACAACAGCAGCAGCAACAGCAGCCGCAACAGCACCCACAGCACAUGCAACAGCAGCAGCAACAACAGCAGCAGCAGAUGCAACAGCAGCAGCAGCAACAGAUGCAGCAACAGGCUUUGCAACAGCAACAACAACAGCAGCAGCAGCAGCAGCAGCAUGUCCAACAAGUACAGCAAGUUCAAGCAGUCCAAGUUGCACAAGCACAACAGCAGGCAGCCCAACAGGCUGCACAUCAGGCUGCUCAACAGGCUGCUCAUCAAGUGGCAGCCCAACAAGCUGCUCAGCAGCAAGCACAGGCAGCUGCCCAGCAGCAAGCACAAGCCCAGCAGCAAGUCGCACAAGCCCAACAGCAACAGCAGAUGGUGGCUCAACAAGUGCCACAAGGCCCUAAUGGCCAGCCCAUGGAGAUGGGGGCAGUGUCUGCUGCUGAGAUGGCUCAGCGCUCAGCAGUUGGGCUUACUGAGCGUGUGCCUGAAUGUGUCACUGUGGCAACAUCCACUGAAGAUGACCAUGAUAUGCCCGUUGUUGUUCUGGAGAGCAAGAUAUCACCCUCCCACCUGGUAGGGCUUGUCUCUUUGCCUUUCAGUCUUGUCUGCUGCCAACCUGAUCAUUUGUGCUUGAACUAAAGUAGAAGCCUGUUGCCUUUUUUAUUUUUAAUGUGUGUGUAUAUGGUAGUUUGUGGUGUGAUGUAUUUAGUAUUUGCUGACAACACUAAUUGCAAAAGCUGUUUCCAUAAUUAUUUAGGUUGCAUUCAUGUGUGUCUUAAAUGAACAUCGGCUUUGUGAUAACAGCACAUUGCUUCUGUAGCAGCAUGUCUGAGCAUCAGACCUACUUGGUACCAGAAUGAAUGCAUUGUUUAGAAGUCAAAUGGUCUUGAGUAAUUGUAGUUUGUUAUAUUUCUUUUUUAAUAUUUCAAUGCUAUUAAUUAUUUAUUGGCCUUAUUUUAUUUGAUCAGUAGGAGAUAUUUUAGUUUAUAAAAUAUGUUAAACCACUUGACUUCUGAACUCAUCAAGUGCAUGAAACUUACCAUUUCUGAAGUGUCAUCAAACUUGAAUCUCAAGAAGACAGUUCACUCUGGCAGUCAUGUGUGCCUUCCCCAUCGCUGUAUGUAUCCUCAGUUGUAUGCUCCCCUCAAGGUGCAUGCAUCGCUAUGUUGUGGAGCUGUGCUAAUGAGAUACUUACUGCAUGAACCAUGCGCUAGCUGGGCGCCAACCAAUGCCUGUGGGAUUGACGCUGUGCAGGCUGCAUCCUACGUGUUCCAGAUGGUGCCCCACAGCAACGCACCUACGCCCGUACUUACACCUCAUAGCAUGGCACCUACUCCCCAGAUGGUGAUGGAAGGACAUCCAGGUUCACACAGCAGUGGCAGUGGUACUGAUGUGGACCUGCCCCCAGAGGCUCAGCCUGCAGCUCCGCAAGCAACACUCGUGGAGAAUAUGGAAAUGGAAUGUUCAGAUCGCAGUCGUGACAUGCAAGACACUUCUGAGAGAAAUAUAUCUCUUACAGCAGAGCCCUCUGGUCAAGUGCAUCGAGAGGAAAAUGUGAAAGUUAAAUUCGAGACACUUCGAGCUAUGGAACAAGCAGAUACAAUUGAUAUUGAUAGCCACAUGUCUGAGAGGAAUGUUGAAGAUGAACACACAAUGCACACAAUGAUGAUCACUCCUGAACUGCUAGGACUUAUCCCGUCGUCAUCUGGACAUUCAGAUCUGAGUGGGGAUGCUGUGAAGGGCAGCCCCAAGAGCUGGACCCAGGAGCACAUGGAGAUUUCGGGUACAUACAGCCUAGCAGGUGCAUGCCCCUCCCCAGCUGGCUGCUGCUUUAAUCCUCCGACAUCCACUGACUCUCGUUUUCUUUCAGAUGUCAACAAUGAAACAACGCCCAAAACAGGAGGAGGACCCAAGACUUGGACACAAGAGGACAUGGAAAUGGCAUUGGAUGCGUUACGCAAUCAUAAUAUGAGUCUGACAAAAGCAUCUGCAACGUACGGAAUCCCUUCCACCACUCUAUGGCAACGGGCACACAGACUAGGUAUUGACACUCCCAAGAAAGAAGGUCCGACGAAGAGUUGGACUGAAGACAACCUUAACAGUGCAUUAGAAGCUCUUCGUACUGGUACCAUAUCAGCUAACAAAGCCAGUAAGGCAUAUGGAAUUCCCAGCAGCACCCUGUACAAAAUAGCACGACGUGAAGGUAUCCGUCUGGCAGCACCUUUCAAUGCAGCCCCUACUACCUGGAGCCCAGAUGAUUUGGAACGCGCUCUUGAGUCCAUCCGGUCAGGGGCUUCCUCUGUGCAGCGAGCCUCUACCGAAUUCGGCAUCCCCACCGGUACCCUCUACGGGCGCUGCAAGAGAGAGGGCAUAGAGUUGUCCCGUUCCAAUCCCACCCCCUGGUCUGAAGAUGCAAUGGGAGAAGCUCUGGAGGCAGUGCGUGUGGGCCAGAUGAGCAUCAACCAGGCAGCCAUCCACUACAACCUUCCUUACUCCUCCCUGUACGGUCGUUUCAAACGUGGCAAAUACGAGGCAGAGGGGCACCACCCUGAGGAGCCACCAGGCCCAUCACCACCACCACCUCAGAUCAUGGUGGUGCCCUACCAGCAGCCGCCACCACCCCCUCCUCAUGCACAGCACCUCCCACCUCAACCUCCUCAACACCACUCACCUCAGCAGCACCCCAUGUACCAGCACAGCAGCUGAGCUCUGUAUGGUGAGCCGCCUCGCUGCUGCUAAGCACUGCCACAUGAGGAGACUUUUGCUGCUGCUGCGGACAGGCGGUAGCAGCACAGGUCAGUCCAAGCACAUCCUGCAGAUGAAGGCCAACCCUCUUGCCAUCAGACAGCACACUUAGAUCGCUACAUGGAGGAUUCUUGUAUGCAGAGUGGGUGUUCAAGAAUCAUAUUUAUAAUAGCAGUAUGCUGUUUUGGUCCUCGGCAGUCUUGCAGCAAUGAGGCAGCUAGUUUCUGUAAAUCAGAUCAUCCUGCUUCUUUAGCUAGCAGGAUUUUUGAGUGCAGCUCCCGGCUGCAGUGGGGCCAGAAUAUGGGGAAACGUGAGUGCUCCUGAGAUGAGAGCAGGUCGUUUGCACCCUGAAUAGGGUGUUUCAGGGCACAAUAUGUGCUGGUGCUUCCCUCUUUCUUGCCCUCUUGAGAUUCCUUUGGCCUGAUAUCCACCUGACUCGGAGCUGCUCCUCGGAACAGCCUCAAGUCGCAGCCUGUGGUGGUUGGCUGCAAUGCCUGGUGUGUUCAUCCGGCCCCCCACCGCCUCCACAGCUGCUCCUGAAUUGUCCAGACCCUCCUGAUCCCACCCAUUCCCUGCCAGUCUUCUAAAUCUGUCUGUUUUGCUGUCUGCUUUAGGACAGUCAGUGAGCAAGUCAUAAAUCUUGCGUAAGAUUUUCAUGAAACACAGAAAAUUCCAUUUCAGAUAGAUGAAGAGUUGGCUCUUAAUUGGAGGUCAACAAGACUUCAAUUUUCAAAUGUAUAUCCUUCACCCACAUAAAACAUCCUCAGGGGUUUUACAUAAAAUUUUGCUUCCUUGAUAGUUUCCCCUAGAAAGUCCAGAGGAAAACAACCUUCUGUGUACAUUGCUUCAUCCCAGUGGUGGUGGAUCCAACAUUGAUACGUGUCUGAGUUAAUGGGUUCAAUAAAAAAUCUAUCAGAAUUUUAAGGCUCCCUUUCUUCGUGGGUCUAGUCAUCUGAAAGAAAACACUAUACAACUCAGGCAUAAGCAGGGGCCUGACUUCAGAGCAACAUGGGCUGUGAUCAGAGGGGGGAGACUGUUUGGACAGUGUAUGUAUGUUAAUCACUUCUUAGGGAAGGUAUGUACAUAUUAACCAUCAUUGGAAAUGUGAAGAUUUGAUACAACUAUAUACUUGGUUUAGAGAUCCUGUAUCAGAAAUUAGUUGAAUUAAUGACAUGUUGCUGGAUGUUAAUGUUACACUGCUGCUGUUUUUGUUUCCAAAUACUUUUGAAUGCUGCAGGGCAGAGCAAUGCUGGGUUGCUUAAACCCAGUAUUUGCUUCUGAGACCCAGACUGUAGCUAGUGGAUCAACGCUUUUUAGUGGCCAACGCACGUGCGUGUGUGUACGGAAGAAUGAGUGUGUCUGAGCGAAUGUGACAACAGGAAUUGUACUGCCAAUCUGCCCCACCAUUCAGGUGACUGGAUGACGAGCCACUUGUAUGGACUUGCAGGUUCAAAAGCCCUUUUGUGAUGUUUCCAUCACCCGGCAGACGUUUAUGAACGUGAUUUCAAGAAUUAUUGCUCCCUUGACAUUUUGGGAGUUGACUGUACACCUGUCUAUGUGACCACCUGCAGGGCCUGCCACAAUCUGCCCCCUCCCAGCAGCAAAGCUGUGACACCCCUAUGGGCAUUACCAUACAAAUUAUUUUUUGUCAAAGUGCCAGCAUUUGAAAACAUUUUAAAGUUGUAACCUGUAUAUAGCUUAGAACUUAGUUUGUGAUACUUGUUUUAACUCUUGGGAUUGCAGACUUGCUAACCCUGCAGGUGGAGGCAUGUUGUAGGCUGUCAUCUGCCCAACAGGCACAUAGCUACCUCUUUUCAUCAGCUAGGCAGACGCCACCUGUAGCUUGCAGAGUGGCAUGGUGUAAGGGCAAAUAUAUUUUGAUAAAUAAAGGGUGAAAGGUUUGUUAGUUUCAGAUGUACAAUAUUGUAAAGUUAUUUGAGAAUAGUUAUGAAAGUUAAAGAGUACAAUAAGUCUACAGAUAUACUUGUGUUUAUUUUCUAUUUUAUUUCCUGCUGUUAAUGUGAAGUAAAUCUUAAAAUAUAAUCUGUUCUGUCUGUCCAUCCUUCCCUGAUGAACAUCUGUCCUUCCUUCCCCCUGGUGAAAUUCAUAAAACAAAGAUCCUAUUCAGUCAUCUAUUAUUGUAUGCGAGUAUUGAGUAUGCAAUCCAAGGUGUGACAUUAUUAGUGCCAUUGUCAGUUUGAUCAAUUUUGA